AUGGAUGCUCAAGCCCCUAUGCGGAACAACUGUGUCAUGUUGGGUGGCAAUCUGAAUAAGACUUGGGCCAAAAACAUCACAGUGUUAGGAGGGACUGAUGCUGUGUUACCCUGUUCUCUCAGCACCAAGGAGAACACUGAGUUUAAACUCUUUGACUGGAGGAAAGUUCCUCAGAAAGAUGAUGGUCUGAAGGAGGUGUUCAUGUAUGACGCAGGCAUUCAUUACAACAACGGUCGAGGUGGUCAGAGUGAAGAGUUCAAAGAUGGUGUCUUAAAAGACAGAUCAGAAGAAAACAUCCCAGGAGCAGCUUCAAAACCAAAAGUCACAAUACUUGAUCAACAGGCCCAGGUGCUGCAGUGUGAGGUUCAUGGCAAUCCUAAACCUGAAGUAAAGUGGCAAGACAGUGAUGGAAACAUUCUUCAUGCUAAAAUAACACAGGUCUCUGAAAGAGAAGGAAGCUUCAACAUCACCCUCCAAACUACUGUGACCAAGACCGACACCUAUCGCUGUGUAGCAACACAGCUGGAAAUCAAACAUCAGAUUUAUGCUGAGACCUCUGUCCAUAUCAGUGUUUCAGAGUCCUGGAAUGGAUGGAUUGUUGUUUUAUUUCUUGUUGUUGUUGUUGCUGCUGGUGUUCUAGCUGUGCUUGUAUACAAGGGUUACAUCCUACAAAAUGCUAUACAACUUAAUAGACGGCCAAAAGUCAUCAAAGUGGAAGAAGGCAGUGAUGUUACUUUACCCUGUUCCCUCUGGCCCAAGGAGGACCUUCAGUCAACACAGUUUAUCUGGCAGAAGAUUUCUCAGAACCCUGAUGACGGUCAUAAAGUGUUCCUGUAUGAUAAAGGCGAUCUUUACAGUGACGAGCGUCCAGGUCAGAGUGAGCAGUUCAAAGGUCGAGUCUCACAUUUUCCAGAUGAACUGGAACAAGGCAACGCCUCCAUAACCACCAGAAAUACGACGAGGGCUGACAGUGGAGACUACAGAUGUAUUGUUCCAUUAAUUCAGAAACCUCAAAUAUUCUACAUCAAGCUUGUUGUUGUUGGUUCAACUCCAGAGUCAGAUGAACAUCAUUCAUUAAUGAUGGAAUGAUGCUUUGAUCAUGUCUGUGUUACUGGAAACAUUUAUUUUGUUUUCAGUUAUUUUAUGCUUGUGUUACAUCACAAUUAAUAGACUCAUUGAUUUUCUCUUGCAGUUCUAGAUGAUUGUGUAACUGUUUGUAAGACUUGUACAGUAUUCCUGUUCCAGAGGUGUGUAGAGCAGAGAGGACCAGAUCAACAUGAUGAUGCUCUUAUAAGUCUUGUAUUUUUGUAUUCAGACCAAAUUACAAAGUUUGCUGCGAUGAUGUGUGAGUGUGAAAAUAUUGUGCAAAAAAAGGUCAUUUUAUUUAUUGUUUAAAUAUUGUUUACCAUUUUAUAUUGUGUUUUAUUACAUUUCUUUGCUCUUCAGACAACCAUUGGUUGCCUCUGUAUUUAAAAGAAUGGUUAAAGGGCAACUCGUAUAUAGCAUUUUCAGGUUCAUACUUGUAUUUUGCGUUUGUACUUGUAUCACUAGUUGAAGCUUGAGCUACUACAACGGAGUAUAUAGCAGGACUUUGAUUAUUUAAAUCACCAAUAGAGGCUUCUAAACCAAAUGCUGCACAACCGGUUGGAAAUCUGAACGUUUUAGCUCAUGGGGAUUUCUCUAAAAUAUGUUUCUCAUUAUUUGAUUUGGCUACGUUUAACAUGAAAAUCCAACAUUAUAACAUCGUAGAUAUGACAAAAACAUGAAAAUGAAUAAUAUGUCCUUUUUAAGGCUGAGAUGUGGUAUUGAUUUUCUUAUCUAACUCAGUGAGAAAGUGAAUAAAGUGCCCUGGGGGGUCACCGGGUAGAGCCGGUACUUUAGGCCGAGUCAUCACCACGGUGACUUUGGUUUGGUCCGCCACAGGGCCCUUUGCUACAUGUCAUACCCUCUCUCUCCUGUGUAUUUUUCAAAGCAGAAAUGCCAAAAAAUGUAUCCUAAAAAACCCCACAAAUGAUUAGCUCAAAUUUAUUUUUACUUUAAUAUGACAAGACAAAGUCUGUACAGUACACCUUACUAUGUUCUUGCACUGUUUAUGUUGUUAAGCGAUAAUAUAGUGCCUUUAUGCAAUUUCAAUUUAAGUGUCUUCAAAUUUUACUUUAAUCUUGAAUUAAAAGUCAAUAUUGAUAAUAUUCUUUGCAGCGUUAACUUGCGUAAAAGGAAUAAAAGUGAUUUGACUUUCUUGGGUCAGUUUCUAAGACAGCAGUCCCGGCCUGAAACAUCUAGACACCACUCUGCUGCUCUAUAUUUAUUCCUCCAGGUUUUGGAGAACGUGUGUGUGUUUGCAACAUACUGGACAUGUAGAUAAACAGUGGAGGAGUGAGUGGGUUGUGUUGGAUAAAGAGUUUAAAAAGUCUAAAGCCCAGUCCAAAGUCCAAAACCUGGAUGAAUAUAGAGCAAUGACCAAAGUUGCUUUUGAAUUGUAUCUAUUGUACUUUAUUUUUAGUGACUUGGUAUUAAAAAGAUGUAAACAGUGCAGAGUGGUUAAUGUGUUGCAGUGAGAUGAGCUUUUAUUUUGUAGGAGACCCUCUGGACACCCCCUAAGGACCCUUUGGAGUCCCUGGACCCCAGUUUGAGAACUUCAGCUUCAAGCUACACUGCUGCAGACGCUGGUUGUUGUC